AUGGGGCGGGCGAGAGAGAGCAUAAUUUGGAGCAAGAAUGAUGUACCAACGAGAACGAGUUGGUCGGAGGAGGGGUCCGUCUGCUCGGAAGUUGAAGCCAGCGUGGAAGAGGAAGAGGCUCCACCGACAUGGACGUUCCGUCUCGGCUUGGCUCACCAAUCUGACAAGUCGGGGUCUCCCUGA